AUGGUCAUGGACUCGUUCCCCUCCAUGAUCGCUUCGCCCACCCAUGCCCAUGCCCAUGCCCAUGCCCAUGCCCAUGCCCGAACGAAAUCCGCGGAAUCGCAAAUCCGCAUCGAAGAGCUCCCCAGCGGAGACCAUGUUCGUUCGCGCAGCCUCGCCAACAAGGCCACCACCCCCCUUCGUCGUGCCAACACUGUAGCCCAGACCGGGCAUGCGUUAAAAAGAAACCUCGAGCUCAAGGCGACACGAGAGAAGACCGCAAUUGCCUCGGGAAUCCGUGCUAAAGAUAGUCACGAAAUCCUCCGCAAUGCCGCAAUACAACGGUCCAAGACGCAGGCUCACCGGACUCCACGGGAGGGACGUGCUGCUGGGCGCAAGGUGGGCCAUUUCACAGUUGGAAGCGUCGGUCAGAAUGGGAAAAUCUUUCUCAGACCGAUUGCAAAUCCACCGCGGAAGGAUCCCUCGGCAUCGCCCUUGUCGUCUCUGGAUCAAGUGACCAGUCUGCGUCCCCAGCCGCAACCACACGCGCGAGAGCGAGACGACCCGUCACGCUGGUCGAGUUCGCAGCUGUCUGAACUUCGUCCACGCGGCCACGGUAACGAAAGCGACUCGGUCUACUCGCAGGAGCCCAGGCCGGAAUCAGCCAGCUUUCACCGUCAUCGCGCAAACUCCUUCUCCACCAUCUCCGAACAGCAGUCGCUAUCCGGCGCGGGAAACCGGGGGGAAUUUCGCAUUGUGAUCGAUCGGCCUGAAGACCGUCCUCGGUCUGCCGGCGAAAACCUGGGGAGCGCAGCGCUGGAAGUGCCCAUCCCUCAUUAUAGACUGGGGUCUCCACGCUUCAACGCCGAAGGCAGUGCCAUCCUGCAAAGUUCCCUCUACACGCGCACCUCCAUGUCCGACAAUUUCCGCAAUUCCACGCAUUUGGGGGGCAUGACGGAUGUCAUCCCUCCCCAUGCCCGGAGCGGUUAUAUGAGGGAAUCCUUUUCACAACAUCGUCCCUCCUUCGCGGUCUCCCUCUUCUCGGGGACCGGGGCCAUCGAUCUCAGCCGAGCGUCGCCCGCACCCCGGAACUCAAUAGUCCACGAAUUCCAGGGACCCGUCGAUGCCGCGAUCUAUGAGACCCUGGUGACGGACAUGGACUCGGAUGCGGUGGUGCGCUAUGUCCCCGGCACGAAAGAUAUAAGCGCGGCAACUCCGGCGCGCAUCGUUGCCCAAAUAUCUUCCGAGUCGUUCAUGGACUACGAGUUGGUGUCGGAUUUCUUCCUCACCUUCCGUUCAUACCUUUCUCCAUGUCAUUUGCUGGCGCUUUUACUCGCCCGUUUGGAAUGGGCCAUCAACCGCCUGCAAGAGGACGGGCGUAUCAUUCGCAUUCGAACGUUUGCCGCUCUUCGUCACUGGAUCCUCAACUACUUUGUCGAUGACUUUGUCGUCAACUACAAUCUUCGCAGCCACUUCUGUGCCACCAUCAAUGCGCUCUACACAACCGUCAGAUCCAGAAAAAGCGGAGGCACCAGUGAUUUGAAGAUUCUCAUCGAUUUGAAACGAUGCUGGAAUGGCAAAUGCGCGGUCUACUGGUCCGGCACUGAUCUCAGUCGAGCCUACAAUGACCCCGAUACUCCUAUUGCCCCAGGCAGCGUGGAGAUUGACCUCAAGUCUGCGGGCUCGCUAUACGCGACGGUCCCGCCUCUUGACUCUGACCCUUCUUCCGAGACAAAAUUCCGCGAUAGUUUGCCUAGCUCUGCCCAUCACGAAAGAACUCACUCGGCAGCUACCGCACAGAGCGUGCCUUUUUCCUCCAGAAGCGAAACGAGCAUCGUCGCGCUGUCUUGCUCAUUGCCCCCCAAGUCUCCCCGGCGCAUGUCGAUCCCUUAUUCAAAGAGCAAAGCUCCCCGUCCGGUACCUCUGCAUACCACCGCUCCCUCUGAAAAUGCCCCCUCGUCGCCAAAAGUCCCACGACAUCCGUUCCACGGCCAUGCGCAUAAAAGGAGCGGAAGCUUCUCUGAUUCGGUGCGUGACGAUCGUGUCCCGGUGUUUGGCACAGAACCUGGGUCUGUCAAUCACGCGCCUAGAGAACUCUUGGACCCUGUCAGCUUCAUUCGCGGAGGCCUCUACCCCCCGAUUGAGUCAUACAUGACCAUGAUGGCGCCUGACUCGCCUCCCCUGGCGCCGCCAUCUCAUGCUUCGAAUCAGGAUCGUCGAAGCAUUCCAGAUGCUGGUGCUCGCACGGGCUCGUCCAACUCUGGAGUGCGAACCAUAAUCGGAUCAAUCAAGCGAGUUCUGCAUACGAGGAACGGUGGCCAGAGUGUCUCAGGCCGCGUCACAAAUGCAGCUGAUGCGAUCUCGCUCCCUUCUCGUGGAAGAAUUUCCGCCAUCCCGAACCACAUCGCUCUCGGAUCAGAUUUCUAUCGCGAGAAGAAGAUGGCUGCUAGCCCGAAGCGACCAGCUCGGGUUGAUACCCUGUGCGAGGAGUCCCUAGUGCAGUAUCGUCGAGCCCUCAGACUCCAUGACGAUCACGAGGAGGCGACCCCACGCCCGGCCACGUCGGGUGCUCUGGAUGGAGUGGCCGAGGUUCAGUCCCCUGAGGAGGCGCCUGCAAACCACCUCGAGGUCUCGGAAGCAGAAAAAUCCAAAGUCGAGAGUGAGAUUACAACUGGAAGCGGAUCUAUCGUGAUUGUUGAUGACACAGGGUUUGAAUUUCCUUCCAUGUCAGGAGCAUUGGGAGAUAGCGAAUCUCAGAGUGAAAAUCACGUCGAGAACGGCGUGAUCGUCCUCCCAAGUACCCCCACAAGGUUAUCUGGAGACUCGAUACCACAGGAUGAUAAAUGUACCGUGCCGGUCUAUUACAACGACAAUGGCGUGGAACCGAACAGCCACCGCCCUGCCUCGCCAAACCCUCUCAGCCCGGUAUCUGUGAGACGGUCGUCCUCUGUGGAAAGACAAGCUACUCCUACCAAGCGAAUGUCUCUGUCACUGCGUCUUCGGAAAUACGCCUCUUUCCAGAGCGGAAUCUCCAAGCAUCGACUGUCCCUGGCCAGCAUGACAAGUAAGUCUCACGGCGGCUCCAUGUUUGCCCAGGAGCACUCAGGUAUGUCCCUGGGUCCAUCGCUUCGUCGCCGGCCCGGGGGCAAUUUGCGUCAGAUGCAGUUUAUCAAGGAACCCGAGUCUGGAGUGGGUCGCAGUUCCAUGGCCUCCGAAAGCUCGUAUGGGGACUCUUUUGCAGAGUCAGGAGCAUCAAUCAACUACGCCCCGGAACCCUUGAGAACGGCCCCGAAACCCCCCAAGUCCCGAUUUUCUCUGAUAUCGGUGGGCCCGAACGUCGACAUGCAACGGUCUUUUGAAGCAGCCAUCGCCCAAUUUGCUCGAAUUCCCGAUGACGAUGACGGAGGCAUCGAAUCAACCUUACUCAAACUCGAGGGCAAAUGGAGGGGACCCUCAUCUGGGAAAGACCACGAGCGUAUUCCAGCUGGAAAGGAGACCACUGUCAGGGUAGGGUGGGAUGUCACCUCAAGGCGUCGGCAGACUGAACGAUCCGCAUAUUCCACUGUCGGAGGUAGACUUGCACCCCCUCGACCUUAUUCGGAAUCUGUGGCAGACUCGGAGGAAUCUUACAACUCCAUUCCUCUUCUUGAGCGAGGACUCACAGACGAUUCCAUGAGGCGGCCCGUUGGUCGCCAACAUCAUCACCCAGAGACCUCUUAUGGAUCUCCUCUCAGUCUGGUAUCAAGCCGGGAUACCUCCGAGCUCGUCUCGUCUCACCCUUCCAUCCAGAUCGUUCAAAAGACGGAUAGCAUUCAGCGCAUUGCCCACGGAUCAACACAACCGGGGUCACCUCCGAGCUUGGUCAUUGAUAAGCGCCAAUCUGUCCUAUCUUCGGACCAAUCCCUCGACCUCGUUGACACCAAUGAGUCGACGGGUAGCCGAAUGUCAACCGAUCUCCGUAGCAUCUCUCUAUCAGCUGUCGAAAUACCUCCCCAUCCCCUCGCUCAUCCGCCGUCACCUCCAAUGACUGUUCAACAUCCCAACUCCUUCGGCUCGUCGAUUUCCCCUUUGGAGAAAAUCCAGUUUCAACCGCAGCCUUUGACGCCAGACACAUCUCCCCGGCACGAUGAGCAGGGCGAGACUCAUCCCAGUGCAAGGAGUCUCCCACAAAUGUCAGUCAACGUUCUCUCGAACAUGGAGAAAACUCGCCCGCCCCAUCUUGAUCUGAACCAAGGGGGAGUGGAUCAUAUUCCUUUCGUCCUUGCCUGUGAGUCUCAAAUGCUUGCUCAGCAAUUGACCCUCGUUGAGAUGGCCGCUCUGAGUGAAGUGGAUUGGCGUGACUUGGUCGAAAUGAAAUGGAGCAGUGCCUCUCCAUCAAUCACCAGCUGGGUAGAAUUCCUCUCGACCGAACAGCGUAAAGGCAUUGAUAUAGUCGCCGGCCGCUUCAACCUCAUGGUGAAAUGGGUUAUCUCAGAGAUCGUUCUGACACUUGAUAUUCAUGAGCGAGCCCGCACCAUUGUCAAGUUCAUCCAUACCGCUGCACAUGCCCGGCGUAUGUGCAACUACGUCACCAUGCUGCAGAUUGCAAUCGCUCUCACUUCAUCUGACUCUUCGCGACUGGAGAGAACGUGGAACCUGGUGCCACAUGAAGAUAAGCGGCUGUUCAGGGACAUGGAAAGUCUGAUUCAGCCUGUGCGCAAUUUCCAUGAUCUUCGUGUCGAGAUGGAGACUGCCAACUUGCAGGAGGGAUGCAUCCCCUUUAUUGGACUCUACAUUCACGACUUGACCUAUAAUGCGCAGAAGCCUGCGCAAGUUCGCAGUCACACCGGAACUCUCUUGGUGAACUUUGAGCGUUAUCGCACUGCAGCUCGCAUUGUCAAGAGCCUACUUCGCCUCAUCGACGCGAGCACCAAGUACCGCUUCGAACCCACCCAUGGCAUUAUUGAACGAUGCCUAUGGAUCGCAUCUCUCUCCGAUGAAGAAAUCUCCCGCCGAAGCAGGGCACUUGAAUAA